AUGCCGCCGCCGCCGCCACCUCCCUCGCGGAGGAACGACAAGGCAUCGGCUGCCUCCAAGGAAGAAAACAUCUACAUCCCGUCCUUCAUCAGUAAGCGGCCCUUCUACGCGGGCGAGGAAGGCGACCAGUCCGACUAUCUCGAGCAUCAGCGCCUGCACAAGGCGAAGGACGACCAAUCGAAGUGGUACGACCGUGGAAAGAAGCUCGGGCCGGCCGCCACCAAGUAUCGGAAGGGUGCGUGUGAGAACUGCGGCGCGAUGACGCACAAGGCCAAGGACUGCCUGAGCCGUCCGCGCGCGAAGGGUGCCCGGUGGACCGGCAGGGAUAUCCAGGCCGACGAGGUGAUCCAGGACGUCGAGCUCGGCUGGGACGCGAAGCGCGACCGCUGGAACGGCUACGACCCGAAGGAGUACCGCCACGUCGUCGAGCGCUACAACCAGCUCGACGAGCUGCGCAACCAACUGUCUAGCGCGGGCCAGGACCAGGAGGGCGAAGAUGGCGAGGGCGAGGAGGGCAAGGAUGCCGGCGAGAAGUACGCCGAGGAGUCGGACAUGGGGCGGCAUCAAAGCACGGCGACGAGGCAGCUGCGGAUACGAGAGGACACGGCCAAAUACCUGCUGAACCUCGACCUCGAGUCGGCCAAAUACGAUCCGAAGACACGGACCAUGGUGGACGCGGGCGCGACGGCGGAUAAGGCGGCGCAGCUCUUCGCCGAAGAAGGGUUCCUGCGCGCGGCGGGUGACGCAGCCGAGUUCGAGCGCGCGCAGCGGUACGCGUGGGAGAAGCAGGAGAAGAGCGGCGACACGAGCCAGCACCUGCAGGCGAACCCGACAGCCGGCGAGUUCUACCGGCGGAAGGAGAAGGAGGAUGCGGAGAAGAAGCGCGCCGCGCGGCUGCAGGUGCUGCAGGACAAGUACGGCGGUGACCAGCACGUCAUGCCCGCCGCUCUGCGGGAGGCCGCCGUGACCGAGUCGGAGCAGUUCGUCGAGUACGACGAGGCCGGCCUCAUCAAGGGCGCGCCCCGCGCCGUCGCCAAGUCCAAGUACGCCGAGGACGUCUACGCCAACAACCACACCUCCGUCUGGGGCAGCUGGUGGUCCAACUUCAAGUGGGGAUACGCGUGCUGCCACUCCAUAAUCAAGAACAGCUACUGCACGGGUGAGGAGGGAAAACUAGCCUGGGAGGCCGCCGAGAGGCAACGGACAGGCGUGGAUUUAAUCGAGGAGGCGCCGUCGCCGGCGCAGGCGGAAGAAGCCGAACCGCCGAAGCAAACAGCGAAGAAGCGCACAGUAGAGGAGAUGAAGGGCGGCGUAUCAGAGGCCGAGCUCGACGAGUAUCGCCGAAAGAGGACGGCCGCAGACGAUCCUAUGGCCAAAUUCCUGGGCAAAGACGAGCUAGUUACAUAG